CCGUGAAACGUGCGAGGAGCCUUGUGUUUGUUGUUGACCGUGGCUGUGAGGCGAUAUCCAAGGCGAUGAGUGCUACAGAUGUUUCGUCAGCAAUGAACUACGGGACGACUAAAAGAUAUGAAAUUCCCAUUGACCAUCUUGACUACCGUUUCAUAGAGAAGUGCACAGAUGUCAAGCACUUAGAAAAGCUCCUGCUUGUUCUCAGGUCUGGGGAAGAAGGACAUUACCCGGAUCUAACCGAAUUCUGCGAAAAGCGGAUUGCAAGUCUGUCUCCUCAAAGUCGAGCUCUUCGGAAAGACAAACCUCCAGCGACCGCUGCUGACUUCUCCAUGGAUGAGUGGCAGGCGAUUAAUGCCGAUUUAAAGAAUUGGUUAACUGAUAUAAACAUGAAGGAUCAACAGGGAUCUGCUUUACCACUUGAGGCUGAAAAUGUGCCCCCGAUCCGUAGCUAUACCAGCUGUCGAUCUGCUGAUAAGAAAGCAAAACAGAAUAAAGAAAUAAAGAGCAAAGCCCCUCGGGAUUACAGAGAUUGGGACAGGUUUGAUGUGGAGAAAGAAAUAUCCAAGAUCGAGGAGCAACCCAAAGAGGAUGUACAGUCACAAACUGUAGUAAACAGUACGACAUCAAAAAUAAAGAAGAACAUAGACACAGCAGGUCUUAGUGAAGAGCAAAGAAGUUUUAUUGCAAACCAUGAAAAGGAAAAAGGAAACGAGGCAUUUCGAUGCGGGGACUACGAGGAAGCAGUGUCCUACUAUAGCAGGAGUAUAUCUGCCUUACCCACCACAGCAGCAUAUAACAAUAGAGCACAAGCUGAGAUCAAACUGAAGAACUGGCAAAAUGCCCUGAAUGACUGUGAAAGAGUCCUUGAAUUGGAGGCAAGCAAUAUGAAAGCUCUCCUAAGGCGUGCUACAGUUCACAAAAACCUAUGCAAUUACCAGGCUUCAUUAAGUGAUCUGAAGAACGUGUUACAUCAUGAGCCAGAUAAUCCUAUAGCUAAGAAAAUUUUGAGUGAAGUUGAGAACCUUUAUGAAAAAGCUGAAGAGGAGACUGCAACCAAAGGAGUGAGAAUUGCUAUUGAGGAAAUAGAAGGUUCAGCCGAGGAAGAGACAGGUUGUGAGAAAGAAGCCGGUGUGACAGAGGGAGGAGAGGCCGCCGGGCAGCGCACGGCAAUGGGGAACGCACAGAAAAAGUCUCCCAAGAGAAGCCAGCACAAGGACGAGGACUGCCGGCUCCCGAAACACAAGAGCGGCGCCUCGAACGGGCUGAGGAAGGACUGCGGCAACGGGCGAACCGCAAGCAAUGGAAGCCUGGAGCAGAACCGGAUAUCAGCCGCCGACCAGAGCAGCAGCUCCCAGCCCAAAGAACCCCUACUGGCCGCCUCACCGGCAGCCGCGCUCAAAGCAGAGGGCAACCGGCUCUUCAAGAACGGGCAGUUUGGGGAGGCGGCGAUCAAAUACUCGGAGGCUAUUGAAAAUUUGAGAAAUGCAGGAGCUGAGAAUGCGGAGGAGCUGGGUGUCUUAUUCUCCAACAGAGCGGCGUGUCACCUGAAAGACGGCAACUGCAGGGACUGCAUUGAAGAUUGUAACCGAGCUCUUGAACUUCAGCCGUUCUCCGUGAAGCCUCUGUUGCGUCGAGCGAUGGCCAGUGAGUCUCUUGAGAGAUACAGAGAAGCGUAUGUGGACUAUAAGAUCGUUCUCCAAAUCGACAGCGGGAUGCAGAUGGCAAAUGACAGCAUCAACAGAAUAACAAGAACGUUAAUUGAUCAAGAUGGGAGCGGCUGGAGGGAGAAGCUUCCCCCAAUUCCGUCCGUACCCGUCUCUGUUCUCUUACAACGGCACGAAGGCAAUGCUGCAGCAUCCGGCGGCACCCAUUCAGUUAAUCCAAUUAAAGAUAAUGAGACCGAAAACAUAACAGGUAAAUCAGCCGAGGAGAGGUUCUUGUCUCUGAAACUGGAAGGGAAUGACUAUGUGAAGAAGAAUCAAUACAGAGAAGCCGAGAGAAAAUACACUGAAUGUCUGACGCUAAAUUCUGAAGAAUGCACCAUAUACACAAAUAGGGCGCUGUGUUACUUGAAACUACGCCAGUACGAAGAAGCCAGACGUGACUGUGAACGCGCUCUACAAAGGGACAAUUCCAAUAUCAAAGCUUUGUACAGACGCGCUCAGGCCCACAAAGGAUUAGAGAACUACCAACAAUGUGCAAAUGAUCUCCAGAAAGUUAUCUCGCUGGACCCCGCUACAUCUGAAGCACGGAAGCUCCUGGCGGAAAUAACUCCGCUGCUUGCUACUAAUGAUGCUACAGCAAAUAACCACGAGAAACCACGAAAGAAGAUUGUAAUAGAGGAGGUGUAUGAAAAAGACGAGGCCACCGGUGACUCUCAACACAAUGAAUCCGUGUCUACCCAGUCAUGCGCCAAUGGUGGCUAUGAAAAUACGCCGUCAGCAACCCAAGUGAAGCCUCAAAUUACGAAGCCUACCAAUGCCUACGAGUUUGGCCGGCUAAUAAAUGAGAUGAACGCCGUGAAGGAUACAGCGGCCUGCGCAGAACUAUUGUCUGCCAUAGAACCAAAAGACUUACCGGUGUUCCUGAGCAACAAGCUGGAAGGAGACGUUCUCGUGCUUAUCAUGCAGUCGCUGACGCAAGAGCUUCUGGAGAAGAACCCCGCAUUGGUUUACCAGCACCUUUCACACCUGACAAAAGCGGAACGGUUCAAGGUGGUGCUCAUGCUUCUGAACAAGGAUGAAAAAGCGGAGGUUCAGCGUCUCUUCUCCUCUCAGUCUGAAAAGCAGUUUGAAGACAUCAGCCCUGCGGAUGUCCGGAGUCUCGCAGAUGAAUAUGAAGUGUGAUUAUGCGCUCCCCGGGCGCUGUGAUUUAUGGCUAUACUAUGCAAAUUUAAAAGGGUGAGUGGGCAGAGGUAAAUCAUCAACCCUUUUAAUAAUAAUAAUUACAUUUGGCUGUUUUACAUGAAAUUCACACUGAAACAACACCCUGGACUGGAAUAAUUUUGUAGGCUGUCACCGGGAUUCGUUAUCCCUCCCCAGCAGGAAUGGUUUGGAGUCAUCUGUCCCCAGUACUCCAGGAGAGUUCAUUCUGCGGCAGAUAUUCGAUUAACAAGUAAAUUACCCCACUGCUGAUUUAUUGAGCUCACUGGUCCGAAAGGCUCAGCGGCUACAAUCCAUGGACUGUACAAAAUGACUGAUGUUUAAGAUGUGCUCAUAAAGACGGUUUGCCCGGCUGCACUAAUUUAAGUCUUGCACGGAUGCCUUAAACACGCAGCCCUAUCCAGAAUAGCAUGAACUACCUGUACCUGUGGAUGUUUGUUUAUAGAACAGUAAUAAUUUAAAGAGUCGUACACCUUGUUUUCUAUCCUCUAAUACAUUAAAA